AUGGAGGACCGCGCCACGGCCAAUGUCCGCGUGGACGGCGCGCCGGCGGAAGCCACGCUCAGCGACGUGGAGCUGCGGUGGCGCUGCGGCGCUGCUGGCGGGGCGGAGCGGGCGCUGUCGCUGGAGCGCGAGGUGCUCGGGGUCCAGGUGAGGGGGAAGGAGGUCGUCGUCAGGGCCUUCGUGGCGGCCGGCGCGGCGAGGGCGCUGUCGUGUGCGGGUGCGGCCACGGGCGCGGGAGGGAAGCGGUGCAGGAGGGACUUCGUGCUCCAGAUGGCGGACGGCGAGGGCGCCGCCGUGGCGUGGGGCCAGAGGCUCACACGCUGCCUCGACUCCUUCGGCCGGCCCAAGAGAUUGUUCGUCUUCGUCAACCCUUUCGGCGGCAAGAAAUGCGCCAAGAAGAUCUACGACACGGAAAUCAAGCCUCUGUUUGAAGCUGCGGGUGUGAACAUCACACUGCAAGAGACCGAGUACCAGGGGCAUUCCCGGGAGGUGGCGUCUUCCCUCGACCUCGCGGAGUACGACGGCGUCGUCUGCGUUAGCGGCGACGGCGUCCUCGUGGAGGUAGUGAACGGAAUUCUUCAACGGACAGAUUGGGAGGAGGCAAUAAAAAUGCCUAUCGGGGUAAUUCCAGCAGGUACAGGAAAUGGCAUGGCUAAAUCACUUCUGCAUGCUGCCAGUGAGAAAUACUCGGUUUCAAAUGCUGUAUUUGCCAUAAUCAAAGGUCACAAGCAGUCCUUAGAUGUCUGUACCAUUUUGCAAGGGGACACGAAAUUUUUCAGUGUCUUGCUAAUGACCUGGGGUUUGGUGGCCGAUAUAGAUAUCGAGUCUGAGAAAUACAGAUGGAUGGGAAGUGCACGCUUCGACUUCUAUGCUGUGGUGCGCAUAAUGAACUUGCGAAAAUACUGCGGAAGUAUUCAGUUCGUGCCUGCCCCAGGCUACGAGGCAUAUGGAGAACCCAUCAAGCAAAUCAAGAAUUCCAUUGUAGAGUCUGUGGAGCAAAAUGGAAAAUCUCAUCGAUCUUGUUAUCCAGGUCCUUCAGUUGAGUUUCAAGCUUCAGAUUGGAGAUUUAUUGAUGGCCCAUUUAUUUCAGUUUGGGUAAACAAUGUGCCAUGGGCUGCCGAGGAUAUCAUGGCAGCUCCAGAGGCAAAGUUCUCAGAUGGCUAUAUGGAUGCAGUCAUACUCAGAGAUUGUCCAAAGGCUGAUCUUUUAGCUCUAUUGCUGAAUAUGAGCGACGGGAGUUAUGUCAAAUCACCAUAUGUUACAUAUCUCAAGGUGAGAUCUUUUAAAUUAUCACCAGGCCAGCUUGUUGAGAACCCAAAAAGGGGUGGCAUUAUAGACGUGGACGGUGAGGUAAUUGCUAGAGGAAAAGGAACAUACGGAAAAAACGAACAUCAAGACGUGAUGGCUUAUGGCCAUCCUAUUCAGCUGACAGUGCACCAAGCAUUGGCUACCAUAUAUUGCCCUGACAAGAUUCGCUGA